CCAUACCAAAGUUACCGAUGUACUCAUUCGUUUUCUGGAUUCCUUGAUAGUCCUACACACUGGAGUGAAUUCGUGUCGACUGCCCAGAGUCCACGAAUUCAGAUCCGUCCCAAAAACACAAAAGGCAUCCAAAAUCUACAACAUAAAGGACACAGUAAUACAAGGGAAAGUUUCACCCGAGGAAACCCUGUGAACACAAUGUCUCUGCACCAGUUUCUCUUGGAGCCUAUCACUUGUCACGCUUGGAAUCGGGACAGAACUCAAAUUGCCAUCAGCCCAAACAAUCACGAAGUCCAUAUUUAUAAGAAGAGUGGGAACCAGUGGAUGAAAACUCAUGAAUUGAAAGAGCACAAUGGACACAUUACAGGCAUUGACUGGGCCCCUAAGAGCGACCGCAUUGUGACCUGUGGUGCUGACCGCAAUGCCUACGUGUGGAGCCAGAAGGAUGGUGUCUGGAAACCCACCUUGGUGAUUCUGAGGAUCAAUCGUGCUGCAACCUUUGUAAAGUGGUCGCCUCUGGAGAACAAGUUUGCAGUGGGCAGUGGGGCUCGCCUCAUAUCUGUGUGUUAUUUUGAGUCUGAAAAUGAUUGGUGGGUUAGCAAACAUAUCAAGAAACCAAUUCGUUCUACAGUCCUUAGUUUAGACUGGCAUCCGAACAAUGUCCUCCUGGCGGCAGGGUCAUGUGAUUUCAAAUGCAGGGUGUUCUCUGCAUACAUCAAGGAAGUGGAUGAGAAGCCUGCUGCAACUCCAUGGGGUUCCAAGAUGCCAUUUGGGCAGGUGAUGGCAGAGUUUGGUGGUGCAGGCAGCGGUGGAUGGGUGCACAGCGUCAGCUUCUCUGCCAGUGGGAACCGCCUGGCCUGGGUCAGCCAUGACAGCACGGUGACGGUGGUGGACUCCACCAAAGGCUCUGCGCUAUCCCAGCUAAAGACGGAAUUCCUUCCUCUUCUUAGUGUGAUGUUUGUCUCAGAAAACAAUUUUGUGGCAGCGGGCCACGACUGCUGCCCAAUGCUGUUCAGUUGUGAUGACCACGGGACACUGACCUUCAUCUCAAAGUUAGAUAUUCCAAAGCAGAGUAUCCAGCGCAACAUUUCUGCCAUGGAGCGCUUCCGAAACAUGGACAAGAGGGCCACCACCGAGGACCGCAACACUGCCCUGGAGACACUGCACCAGAACAGCAUCACCCAAGUGUCUAUAUAUGAAGGAGACAAAAGAGAUUGUCGUAAAUUCUGCACUACAGGAAUUGAUGGAGCAAUGACCAUCUGGGAUUUCAAGGCAUUAGAGUCUUCUCUCCAAGGCCUGCGGAUAAUGUGAGGAUAUGGCGGUGAACGAGCCUGACGGCUCAGAAGCAGCUCCAGGACCAUCAAGACCGUUUCCCACAUCACCUUGGGAUGUGUCCACUAAAAUGAAAAUGAAAAAAAAUGCGCACUGAGAUGGAAAACUGACAUGUGGCAUCACUGUAUAUUUAAAAAAAGCUAGAAGGAGAGAAGAGGCAGACGAAACAAUGUGUGGAAUGUUUAUGUUCUGGGGGGUUUUUUUUGUUUGUUUUGUUUUGGGUUUGGUUUGUUUUUUACUUCAGCUGUGAUUUUUUAAAACUCUAUACCAAAGCUGGUACUCCAGUGGUGUGGUAGCAGGUGUGGCUGCUGGGUUCCUCUGGACACAGGAGAUCAGUAAAUUAAAUGGGAGAUUUUAUGUAAAUGGUCUCAGAGAAAUAAAUGAAGUAUGUGUACACUACAA